AUGGGCCACCGAGAGCCAACCAACCCGCAGGGGCCAGGCACAACCCCGAGUCACAAAGGAGCCGAGGUGAACACCCAAGGUGGAGUCUUUGGAAAUGCUCUCUAUGCUGCGUCUUGCGGAGGACAUAAUAAGAUCGCACUGUUGCUGCUUGAGAAAGGGGCUGAGGUCAAUGCCCAAGGUGGAGAGUAUGGAAAUUCUCUCCAGGCUGCGUCUGCCGAAGGACACGAUAAGAUGGUGCAGCUACUACUCGAGAAGGGAGCCGAGAUCAAUACCCAAGGUGGAGAAUAUGGAAACGCUCUCUAUGCUGCAUCUAAAGGAGGACAUAGUAAGAUCGCACUGUUCCUGCUUGAGAAAGGAGCUGAGGUCAAUGCUCGAGGUGGAUUCUAUGGGAAUGCUCUCCAGGCUGCGUCUUACAGAGGACACGACAAGAUCGUGCAGUUACUGUUAGAGAACGGAGCUGAGGUCAACACCCAAGGUGGAUUCUAUGGAAAUGCCCUCCAAGCUGCGUCUUAUGAAGGCCAUGAUAAGAUCGUGCAGUUACUGCUCGAUAAAGGAGCUGAGGGUAAUGCCCAAGGUGAAGCGUAUGACAUUGCUCUCCAAAUUUCGUCUAUGUAUAGGAGAACAAGAUAA